UUUGUGGGGCCCCGCCACCGGCUCAGCUGGCCCAACUAGUCCCGACAGUUUAAUUCCAUUCGUCGUCUUUUCAAUGCAUCCGAUGACACGGACGCGUUGACGAGCCGCGACGAAUCGAUCGAAUUACUCGCCAUUAUCCUCUCUCGUCGCGUUAGUUUUUGGUCGUCGUCGUCGUCGUCGUCGUCGUCGUACUUUCUUGAGAAAUUAUUUAAUCGUACAAACUGCAAAAAGUGCAGAUAACGCCUACGUCAUUAUGUAAUCGUCAUCUCUCUCUCUCUGUGUUUGUGUCAAUUGAAAGCGUCGCUAAUUUGUGGGGAUGAGCUACUUCCGUUUGGUACGGUGCGUUUGAAAACAGUUCAUGCCCGGGAAGUGCAAAGCAGCAGAGUCGCCGAGUGACCCGUUCCGGGGUUACGUCCCCGCAGACAUCUUCGUUAUGAGCCGGACGGGGUAUACGUGCAUAAGGCACGUUUUCUGUUCGCUAAACGUCCUGAUUUGGCUGUGCGCCUGCGGUAUCCUAGGCGCGGGUCUUUGGCUCAGGUUGGCCUACUCUGGGUAUACGACACUCGUACCUCAGUACAGUUUUGCGUCCGCCGAUUCCAUCCUUUUAGCAGCUGGCUGCGUCACCUUCGUCGUCGCAUUUUUCGGAUGCUGCGGCGCCUGGUUUCAGUCGAGAUGCAUGCUCAUCACCUACUUCAGCCUGGUCAUCCUACUCUUCUUAGCGGAAUUCAUGAUGGGCACAUUGGCGUUCGUUUUUCGCGAGCAUCUCGGAAGAAGCUUCAAAGAAGAACUGCAAUUCGGUAUCGAGAAACAUUACAACGUCACCAGGGAGCCGGGAACGCUUCCUGCCGUUUGGGAUCAUAUUCACACCGAGUUCCAUUGUUGCGGUGUCCGCGAGUACACGGAUUGGUUUCGAAUCGAUGCUUGGCCGACGGAGGACAGAGUGCCGGAUUCUUGUUGCAUAAAAAGGGAACGAUAUUGCGGUCGUCUUGACGCGGCGGCGAAGAACAUGGACCUUUGGUACAGAGAAGGAUGCGCUUCGGCGAUCCAAAUGUGGCUGGUAACGAGGUUACACGUCGUAGGAACAGUUGGUCUGGUUGUAGCAUUUUUGCAAUUAUUUGGCCUAAUUGCUAGCAUGAUUUUGUUCUGCACCGUAAGACACAAAAGAUCGUCGCAUUCUUACAAAAGCUACGAUACGACUACCUAGUCAGAUGGUAAAACUUUACUAGCUAAUUAUCUGACUUUUUCAAUGUGUUUCUAUAUUAGCAACGAAUACGAAAGAGAGAGAGAGACAAAAAAAUAAUAAUAUCUGGUCUCAUUCAGAACGUACGGAUGGCACCGGAAUUUAUCGUUUAUUACAUAUCUAUCGCCGCGAAACUGAGGAUUUCAAGGUGAGCUAAUUCAGUGAGGUCUUCCUCUUGUCUUUCUCAAAAUGACAUGAAAAAAACGAUAAUAUUGAAUCAAGAAAACGAAAAGUAAAUCACCAGCUUUGACGACGUAGCUGGUUUUAGUUUUCUUUUUUUUUUUUUGUUUUGAAAAAAGUACUCCUGCACCUAUCUUCGAUAGUAAGAAAUAUAAUUUCAGUUCAGAGAUCCGCUGAAAGUUGGCAGGCCUUUCAAUUGGUACGAUACCAAACGUGGAGUAAACAGUAUUCGAUUUAUUCAGUGAAAUAUUUAUUGUAAAAAAAUACAUAUACACAUAUAUUAUAUAUAAAUAAUUGUCCCGAUGAUUUUUUGGGACACUCGAGAUUACAACAUUCCAUUUUUAGCAGCGUCAAAGAUGCAAUUUUAAUAUUUAUAGUCGCAGGAGUAAAUUGUAAAAAGUUGUUAUACUUGUUGUAAUUGGAGAUAGUCUUCAUUUGUUAUCUAGUGAAUUUGCAAGGAGAUAAAAUUUAUGCAACAGUGGCCAUCGAUGUCUUCGAUUUCACGAAGACUAAUUCAAACCGAAAUGCCAUAUUUCUGAAAAUACGUAUCCGAUUAGUUGGCUAGAAAGGUUCCAGGUGCGCAGAUCUUAUAAUACACAUGUACGCACAAAUGAAUGCGCCACAUUAACAUUGAUGUGUAGAACAUGUGUGAAAAAUAAUAUACAUUAUACGCUACAAA